AAAUCGCAUCUCUCUCACUUGAUCAGCCAAACCUAGGUACGGCAAGAUGCUCGGCGGUCUGUACGGCGACCUUCCGCCGCCGUCGUCGGCGGGCGACGACGACAAAGCCUCCACGGCCUCCGUUUGGUCCAGCGCCACCAAGAUGGCGCCUCCCACCCUCCGCAAGCCGUCCACCGCCUUCGCCACACCCCCGUCUAUUCUCCGCAACCAGCACCUGCGUCCGCCCAAAGCCGCCCCCACCUCCGUCCCCGCUCCCUCCGCCGUUGCUGCCGAACCCGCCGCGGCCACCUCCUUCCAGCCCGCGUUCGUCGCUGUCCAGCCCACCGUGCUGGAGGAGUACGACCCUGCCAGGCCCAACGACUACGAGGACUACCGUAAGGACAAGCUCCGACGCGCCAACGAGGCUAAGCUGAACAAGGAGCUUGAGAGGCGGCGCCGUGAGGAUCAAGAGCCGGAGAGGGAACGCGAGCAGCGGGAGAGGGAAGCCCGCGAGCGCGAGGAGAAGGACUACCAGUCCAGGGCCUCUUCCCUCAACAUAUCCGGGGAGGAGGCGUGGAAGAGGAGGGCAGCGAUGAGCGGUGGCGGUGCUGCUGCUAGGACUCCCUCGUCCCCACCUCACGGGGAUGGAUUCGCCAUUGGGAGCUCAUCUUCUGCUGGGUUGGGUGUGGGCGCCGGCGGACAGAUGACUGCUGCCCAGCGGAUGAUGGCCAAGAUGGGGUGGAAAGAAGGUCAGGGGCUUGGCAAGCAAGAGCAGGGGAUCACCGCGCCUCUUGUGGCCAAGAAGACCGAUAGGAGGGGAGGAGUUAUUGUUGAUGAGAGCAGUUCCAGGCCUUCAGAAAAGAAGUCGAGAUCUGUCAACUUUGAUGGGCAACCAACACGAGUUUUGCUGCUCCGCAACAUGGUUGGUCCUGGCGAGGUUGACGACGAGCUGGAAGACGAGGUGGCAUCGGAGUGUGCCAGGUACGGGACGGUGUCCCGGGUGCUGAUAUUCGAGAUCACACAGGCAUACUUCCCGUCCGAUGAGGCUGUAAGGAUAUUCAUACAGUUUGAGCGGGCGGAAGAAGCAACCAAGGCAAUGGUCGAUCUGCAGGGGCGGUUCUUUGGCGGGCGCGUGGUGCAGGCAACCUUCUUUGACGAGGAAAGGUUUGCGAGGAACGAACUCGCUCCGAUGCCAGGGGAAGUACCAGGGUUCUUCGACUAAAGCCAAACGUUUUGGUGUGGUAUCAGUAUAAUAUCAGGUGAGAGGUGGGUUGUGGCCUUGUAGUUCUUUCUGUUAAUCGAGGAUGAAGUAGAGCAUACAGUCAGACAAUUUGCAUGCUUUCUAGUGCUAGGUGUAGUGUACUGGAAAUAUUGUGGAUAUAAGAUAUGUUUUUUUUUUUUGUGCCGUGUCUCCUGCUACUGAACUACCUUCUACGUAUAUACAUGAAAAAUUUUGUCCUGAUUUUCGAUCUUGUAAUCACCUAACUGCGAUAUGACAUCUCAGACGAAAUCCUUAUUGUUGACAGAAUAGCAUUGCUGGAA